CUUCGGCAAAGUCCCACUUAAGGCCCCCGUCACCCUCAUUCGUCUUUCUCAGUAUGGUGUAUUAUUUUACAAGCAACGUGGUGGACCCUCCCGCGUUCAUCUAUGUAGGCAAGGACAAGGUCGAGAACGAAGAGCUGAUCAAAUACGGAUGGGAGGAGGAUGUGUGGUUUCACGUCGACAAUUUGUCGUCUGCCCAUAUCUAUGUGCGACUGAGGGAUGGUGAAACCUGGGACCAGAUACCAAAGGACCUCAUUACAGACUGUGCGCAGUUGACCAAGGCAAACUCCAUAGAAGGAAACAAAAAGGACAACGUUACGGUUAUUUACACACCGUGGUCAAAUUUGAAGAAAGAUGGCAGCAUGGCAGUAGGUCAGGUGGGAUUCAAGGAUCCGAAGAAGGUCAAAAGAGUCCACGUCGAGCAAAGACUGAACCAUAUCGUCAACCGUCUCAACAAAACUAAGGUCGAAAAGUUUCCUGAUCUCCGUCAGGAGCGUGAGGAUCGCAAGAAGGAGCUGCGAGCCCGUGACCGAGCUGCCCAACAGCAGCGGCAGAAAGAAGAGAAACGCCUGGAGCAGGAGCGCAAGAAGAAGGCGUACGAACGCGACCACGCCUAUGAUUUCAUGAAUGACGAGGAGGCAAUUGCCGCUAGCAGCAACCAAGAUCGCGCAAGUGAUUUCGAGGACGACUUUAUGUGAAUGUAGGUGGGAGCGAGUACGUCUCGAUUCCGCGAUCGACGUAGUCGGUUAGAAGCUUCACGGUGCCUCUUGAUGUUUGCUCCUCCAUGCCCUGAGUGGAAGUCCUUCAUGUAGACAGCUCAAGACGUUCCGAUCCGUCCAACGCUCUUCUGGAGUGUAUUACAAAUGUAGCCAUCCGCGACUUGCUCACUUAAGGCAUAGACCCAUUGAUUCAUUCAACAUCCUCAGCGUAUGAUGAAAGCAGUCAUAUGCCCUCAUGCGCGCAACCCUGUCAACCUUAUCCCUAGCAUUCCCUCUCUUAGCCCACUGGUAAGGCUCAAAGUACCAAGUCAUUAGCAAGCUGCGCAGAACUUUAUGCUCCAAACCAUUGCUUUUACGAGCAC